AUGGGAGAUCUCGCAGCUGCAUUCGCCAAUGCGGAACUCACUCCAAGUGUGAUAGACAACCCACCAAAACAAAACUCACCUGGGAUGGUAUCCAGGUCGAACCUGGAAAUGACCAUGUCCGACAAGGAAUCUGAAAAAUGCCCCUCGUUUUCAUCUCCCCGGAGCGGACCCGGAGAGCAUCUUCUCCCUACUGAUGAUCGAUCCCGACAAUCUAUCGAGGAAAAACCCAUCGGUCGCGGAAUGGCUACAUUGGCUAGUGUGUAA